UUAUUAAUCAAAAGAUUAAUACUAAAUUAAUUAAUUAAUGGGGUUUUAUUUUAUUUUUUUUUAAUUUUCAAUUCUCUGUUAAGAUUCCUGUCCAGUUCCUGCAAGAAAGAAUUCAGGAGUCAGGAGACCCUUUUGCUUCUUCCUCGCCCAGCCUGAAACUUUUUUAAAAUUAUAGCUAUUCUGUAUUGAAAUUGAGUUCUGUUCAAUUCAAUCCAACCAAGCUCAAGUGGGUCAGGCAUAGGAAGAAAGUACUUAUUGAAAUUGUCGCCUGUGUGAUCUGUGGGUCUGUGUCAGUGACUGACAAACUGUCUCUCUCUUCCUCUAUGGAUUGUGUAAUAUUAAUCAUAGAAUAAGCCUGGCAUCAAUUAUUCUCUUUAACUUUUUCUCUGUUCCUCCAAAUUUUCAGCUCCGAUAUGAUAUCAUAUCAUAUUCCUAUGUUACAAGCAUUUUUUCGUGCAUUCUUGUUCUUGUUUUUGUUUUUUCCUUUUUUUUUUCUUAUCAUCUUCUCAUAAAAAGUUACCUUUUUUUAACCCAUUUGGAUUGGCUCUCUCUUUUGGCUCUACAAUAAAAAACCCAACUAAAUUUUUUUCCAAAAUUUGUUGCCUUUCAGUUUUGGGUUUUGCAUAGAAUUUGCUCUAUAUUUGUUUUUUUAUUUAUUUGUUGCAUAAAAUGCCAAAUGCUAUUAUCAGUUACAGACUUAUAGUCAUUUUCUCUCCUGGGACAUUGAGUAUUUAGUACAAUUCACUUGCAUCUGUUACAAGCUGCACAUUGUUAUUACUUCCAUUUUAUUGAAAACAUCUCUUUACUUUCUGGGUUGUUUUUCUAUGGUUAAUUUAUUUUCUUCAUAUAAAUUUCAUCUUGGUUGGUGCUUAAUUUGCUUUUUUUUUUUUGGAUUAUGAGUUGGAGCUUUAUGAUUAUUGCCUUUUCUUGAUUACUGAACAGACAUAGUUUGUUCUGUGUUUUGUCGCUUUUUCAGCAUUAUUAGUUUCAUAACCUUAAACGUCUGCCAAUCUGAAUCUUGAGCUCUCUGCACCUCUCUUUUGAAUCUCCCUUUUUUGGGCAAAAUAUAUCAUCUCAGUCUAAAGUGUAAUCUUUUCUUUCCUGUUAAAAGUCCAAAUCUUUGAUUCCCUGGUUUCAAUCUGGGUAUUGACAAUCACCUUUCCUUUGGCCUAUUUCAUCCAUUUCUUUCCUAUUUACAUAUCAAACUCAACUUCUCCAUCUGGGUAAAUCAGGCCCAUGCAAAUUGAAGGUCUCUUAAGAAAUGGGCAAUCUUGUUCCUGGGGUGCUUCUCAAACUUUUGCGGCACAUGAACACGGAUAUAAAAGUUGCUGGUGAGCACAGGUCAUCUUUAUUGCAGGUGGUGAGCAUUGUACCAGCACUAGCUGGAGGGGAGCUAUUUCCUAACCAAGGUUUUUAUCUCAAGGUAUCAGAUUCAUCUCAUGCUACUUAUGUAUCUUUACCUGAUGAGCAUGAUGAUCUAAUUCUUAGUGAUAAGAUCCAAUUGGGUCAAUUUAUUCAUGUUGAGAGGCUUGAAUCAGCCUCUCCAGUCCCGAUUCUUAGAGGUGUUAGGCCGGUUCCUGGGAGGCACCCUUGUAUAGGCAGCCCAGAAGAUAUCGUAGCAACUCGCUCUCUUGGGUUCCUCAAUAAUAAUAAUCAUAAUUCAAGUUCAGGUUCAAAACAUUUAGAGAAAGUGAAAUCACCUAAGAAAAGGUUUUUGGGAAGUAGUAAUGUAGGAGAGAAGGAGAAACCAGCGAGGGUUAGACUGAAUGGCAAUGCUAACAAGGAGGAUUUAUCAGUUAAGAAAACCUCUUCUCUGAGCAGGACAAAGUCUCAAUUAUCAAAACCAACACCGAAUUUAGAUUUGAAGAAGGAAAUUUUGGCAAAAUCAAAAUCUUCAAGCUCAAGGUCGAUUCCUUCCUCUCCAACAAGUUGUUAUUCGCUUCCUACUUCAUUUGAGAAAUUUGCUAAUGGGGUUAAGCAGCAAGCGAAGAUUAAGGGGUCGGAGAAGGGAUCAACUAAGUCAAGAGUAGUGGAAAAGUUGAGUUCUGUUCGUGGGGCAAGUCCAAAUGCAAAGAGGGUACCAGUUAUCAAGAAUAUAGUUCAGGGAAUUGAGCUUGGGGCCAAAGCUUUAAGGAAGAGUUGGGAAGGGAAUAUGGAGGUGAAACACGGGGAGAAUUCAAAAUUAAGGGCUGCCAAAUACGAUCCAAAGCCUGAAGCUCGGAGUAUUUCAGCUCCUAGAAAAAGCAUGUCAACUGAUAGGUUGGCAUCUAAAGAGGAUAAUAAGACCCAACUAUCAGCCAAAUCAUCUAAAGAGGAGAACAGAAAUCCGAAAUCUACAAAGAAAGUUACUGCAAAUGGAAAUUUGGAUGAUCAAGAAAAGUCAAAUAAACUAAGAGCAUCAAUUGGAAAGAAAUCAUCAGGAAAUAAUAAUGGACUUCCAGGAAACUUGGUUAAGGUUUCAGUAAAUAGCAGGAAACUAACUGAGGGAAGCGUUUCAUGGAGUUCACUCCCUUCUUCUGUUGCUAAGCUCGGAAAGGAAGUUACGAAGCAUAGAGAUGCUGCACAGACAGCAGCAAUAGAGGCUAUUCAAGAGGCUUCUGUUGCAGAGAGCUUACUUCAAUGUCUAAGCAUAUACUCUGACCUAACGUCCUCUGCUAAAGAAGAUAACCCACAACCUGCUGUGGAGCAGUUCUUGACCCUCCAUGCCAGCUUGAACAAUGCUCGCAUGGUUGCCGACUCUCUGUCUAAAAUUAUUACAGUUGACUCAUCUCCCGAUUCUGGUGACAACCCAUCAGAAGAAGUGCUUAAGGUCACAUCAGAAAGACGCAAGCAUGCAGCCUCUUGGGUCCAAGCUGCAUUGGCCACCAAUCUGUCAUCCUUUUCGGUAUUUACAAAAGAAACUACUUCAGCUCCCACUCAAGGCCAAAAGACUUACAGUAGUAAUCAACCUGUUUUAGUCCUUGAAAAUUCUUCUAAGAAUGCAUCAACAAAAACUCAAGGGAAAACCCGUCCAUCUGUUGGCUCCAAGCUUGUAGCUACAGGAGCUUUUCGCAAAUCAGGGGAUGGUUCUGCCAUCAUUCAGAAGAUGCCGCCCCAACCUCCACCUGAGUGGAUCAGAGGAAGUGGCCUUGAUGAGGCUGUGGACUUGGCUGAAAUGUUACAAGUGGAGUCCCAAGAUUGGUUCUUGGGAUUUGUGGAGAGGUUCUUGGAUGCUGAUGUGGAUUCCUCAACUUUGUCAGAUAAUAGCCAAAUAGCAGGCAUGUUGACUCAGCUGAAGAGUGUGAAUGACUGGUUAGAUGGGAUUGGUUCAAGCAAGGAGGAAGGACAAACACCCCAUUUUUCAUCAGGGACAGUGGACAGGCUUAGGAAGAAGAUUUAUGAAUAUCUUCUUACGCAUGUUGAAAGUGCUGCUGCUGCAUUAGGUAGUGGAUCACAAUCAUCACCAACUCUCCGGAGUAUAGACACAAAAACCAAAAAAGUAACUUGAUUAAUUUGCAGCUUGGCCAAUGAAAUGCAGCAUUGGUGAUGCAUGCAUAUAUCAUACCAAAAUUCCCGCUAACCAAACAAGUGCGCUAAGGACUUGAGGUGUUCUAAUUUAUGUACAUAAAUCCAACAUGGAUUUGAGGUAUAGAUGGUUGUCCUUGUUUAUUAUGAAAGAAAGUAUAUAGACGUGAAAUGCAAGGAAUUUUUCUUUCAAAACAUUCUCAUUGUCAUUUGUUUUCUGAAAAUUAUACAAAAAUGAAACAGUUUGGUAAGCUGGAAAAUGAGAUUUUUCCUUGUUGAGAAGGAAAUUUAUGAAA